AUGUUGCAAGCGCAUCCAGGACCACUUCCCCCCCUCCACCGCAACUACAUUGGCGGUUACGAUGUAUUUGAGGCAUUUGAGAACAUUGUUGCCCAGUUUGACUCUGUCUUCCAGCCUACUUCCAGUUAUCGUGAUUUCUGGCCCGAAGUUGAAGGGUUGCUAUGA